AUGUUUCUUGAAGCAGGCUUCUGGAACCCACCAUGCUUAAACCGAACAGCAAGCACGGAGGAAAGGCUCAACGAAAUAGAAAGAUGGCCCAACUAUGCUAAGCACCUCAUUACCUAUGUCAACAUCAUCCGUGGAAUUGAUAACUCGAUGAGCCGACAAGUCUACCUCUUGGCGUACCCUUUGUGGAACUCAUUCAAGGCGGUAGUGCGCUUUCUGGGGUGCGCAUGUCAAAGAAGCCAAGUGUUUCUCUCUUCACCCUCCAGGAGCAGACGAUCUAAAUACCAUCGUAGCGACACUUCACAGAGUUACUUGGGUUUGGGAGUGUCUGGCUCAUCAAUACUACGUGCAUUGUUAUAG